UGCGGGGCUGCGGCGGGCAAACGGCCCCGGUACCGGCCCCGGUGCCAGCCCCCAGCCCCGCUGCUGUCCCCGCAGGGCGCUCGCCAUGGAGCCGGGCACCAUCGACAACCUGUGCAUCCUGUACCAGAGCCCCGACUUCAUCGUGGUCAACAAGCACUGGGACGUGCGCAUCGACAGCAAGAUGUGGUACGAGACCCUCACCCUGCAGAGCCAGCUCAAGCGCCGCUUCCCCGAGCUGGCCGACCCUGACACCUACUACGGCUUCAGGUUCUGCCACCAGCUCGACUUCUCCACCAGCGGGGCCCUCUGCGUCGCGCUCAACAAGGCGGCGGCGGGGAGCGCCUACAAGUGCUUUAAGGACCGGCUGGUGACCAAAGCCUAUCUCGCCCUGGUGAGGGGCCACGUUGCCCAGAGCCGCAUGACGAUCUGCUACGCCAUCGGGAAGAACACCACCGAGGGCAUGACCCACAUGAUGUGCAUCGAUGGGACCGAGGGCUGCGAAAAUCCCAAGCCGUGCCAGUCGGAGCUGAUCGUGCUGGAGCACGGCUCCUACAGCGGAGACCCUGUGACCAAAGUGCUGCUGCAGCCGCUGACAGGGCGCACCCAUCAGCUCCGCGUUCACUGCAGCGCCAUCGGCCAUCCCAUCGUGGGGGACUUCACCUACAGCCACAAGAAGGACAGCAGCCCCUACAGGAUGAUGCUCCACGCCUACUACCUGCGCAUCCCCACCGGGAAGGAGCUCAUCGAGGUCUGCGCGCCCGACCCCUUUAUCACCGCGAUGGACAGCAACUGGGUGCCCCAGCACGUCACCCAGCGGCUGGAUGACACCAUCCAGGAGCUAAAGGACAAGGCGAUGCAGAAGGGGGAAGCGGAGGAGAGCCAGAAAGCCGUGCUUGGGGACAGAGGAGAGGAGGCGCCGAGCGAAGCCAAGAGCCCGGAGACAGAGGAGCAGCGAGCCCGGUGUGAGCAGUGGCUGGCCGAGUGGGCUCUGGAGUGAGCACAAGCCACGUUCCUGCAUUUCCAACCCACUGCUCCAUUUGUGUCCCGAUGGGUCCCAGAGCCCAGCGCUGACUCCGCAUCCGCACUUUCCGUAUGCCGUGGCAUCCCUCACUUCUGGGGCUGGGAUUAGGCAGAUUUUAGCAGCAAUUAGGAUUGGUUUAUUUUUUUAACGUACCCAUCACCCAUCUGGCCACCGGACGCCCCUUUCCUAAUUGUGUGCCUCAGCAGCCGUCACUGCGUCACGCGCCAGCUUAGAGUGACCCCAGAGCUUCACGGCCCUGUGCCGGGGCUGGGGCUUGGCCACUGGCUUUUCUGGGAACGUGGAGGGCAGCUCCAGAGCCCACCCGUGCUGGGAUCCGAAAGGCAGCCCACCAGGACGUGCUGGGUGCAGCCACAGGAUCCAGCAGGUCUGCGCCCCCCGUUCCAGCCUCCUGUGGUCAGCGGCAGGGCCCCCAGUGCAGGGGACGCGCUGCCUGCCCCCUCCCCACCCCCUCGCUGCUUUUUUUUAAAGGCUUAUUGAAGAUGGAUGAGUUGAUACUAAGAGAUUUUAAACUUUUUUCAGGUUUUUAUGAGAAGAAUCUAGUCUUUUAGCAGUUGUGAAUACCGAUGGUCCCAGAGAUGCAUUUAUUUUUAGUACUUCCCUUGUAUUAAAUUUGCCAGCAUCCCUCAGCUUUUUCUAACAGAUCCCACUAUUCUUUCUACUAGCUUUUCCUUUCCUUAGUGCCCACCUUUUUCCUGGGUGCGGAGGUAACUCCUGGUGAGACGGAUCAGAAGAUGGAGGCUUCUUUCUGCUUUCCCCUAAGGAAGGGAGCAGUUACCACGUUUUGGUCCUACAGCUCGACCGCCUGCCCAGCGGGUCGCUGCGGGGCUGUUGGCACUAGAUGGUGCCGGAGACAGGCCCUUUGCUUAGGCUGUUUGUUAGUGCUCUGGGGCAGCGAGAGGAGCGGAUGAGACGACUGAACCGAAAAGAAAAGCUGCAGGCAGCAGGAAGGAGCUUGUCUCUCACCUUGGCGCUCAGGUUUGCAACGUGCCAAGAUUCGUUUCUGUAAAAACGCCCUUGCUUCGCCGGCCAGCUUCGUCCUGCUUUGCUCUCCAGUUUCCACCCCGCUUCUCUGCAGCCCUUGGAGAAAACGAAGAGAGCAGGUCAGCGUGAGUGGGAUGAGGAGAGACAGCGCGUGGGCCACGGCGCCCAAAGGGACGGGAGCCACUGAAACGUGUUCCUGCGCACCGAGCACCAGAGCCCCGGGCACCAAGCUGCCCCGGCAGCGCAUGCCGCAGGUCCCACCAGCCCACGAGAAGCCCUGGUCCGUGUACGAUGCACCAUGUAAAAUCUCACGUGAUGCUCCGACCCAGCGGGUGAGCCGAGCAGCCCAAAACCCUGCAGGGUCUUGCAUCGCACGUGGCCCUCACCCUGCUUGGCAUGAAGCUGCUGGGGGUCAGGACGGGCGCAUGGCUCUGGCACCGAGAGGGCACCGAGUGGGCACCGGGGGCUCGCUGGAGCCACCUCCUCCGUGCCAGGUACCAUCCCCACCUCCAGGUGUGGCCGGGGAAACAGCCACAGGCAGGUCGGAAGGCUGUGAAUUGAUGACAUGAACUGUUUGCCAAAGAAUUAGCGUCAGCGAUGUGCCCAAUGGGGCCCAAAAGGUUACGGGUGAGGUUUGCUGCCUCGGAGCCGGGAUGCGCCCGUCACGCAGGUCCUGCGUGGGGACGUCCCCGCUGCCACUGGUGGCUGCAGGGACAGGGGCUGCCCUCGGCUGCGUGGGGACACGCUGUGCCCCCGCACAUGGGGAUGGUCAUGCAGAUCAUCACGGCCUGGGGCUGGCACCAAGCCCUCACCUGGGAGCACCGGAGGAGCCCCUGCAUCCCGCGCCGUCCGUCGUGUGUUGCACUCGAUGUUGCAGGAACCAGAGAAAUCUGUAAUUUUCCUUACGCAGAGAGGGGGUCACCGGAGCCCUGCCCCUGCUCUCCCUCGUGCACCGGUGGGCAGUGCUGCCCGCACUCACUUCCACGGGGCAUUUGCUGCAUCUUGUGUGAACCCACUCGUGCAUGUGCCGUGGGGGGGGUUGUGGUCGGGUGUGCGUGUUUCGUGACAUUCUGUACCUCCGGGAGUAACCCUUCUUUGUUGUGUGUUUGUGGACAUCACCAUAGUAAACUGUCACCUGCAGGCA